AUGAAAAAUCAGGAAAAGUACCCCUGUCAACACCUAGGUUGCACUAAGAGCUUCACACGUGCAGAACACCUGCGUCGCCAUGCGCUCAAUCACGAGCAGGCUCGAAAUGGGUAUACCUGCGAGCGUUGCUCUGUUCACUUUCAACGCUCAGAUUUGCUAGCGCGACAUAUGGAGCGACACGAGAAACGUGAUCUUGAAGCUGGAGGGCCUGGGCAGGGUACUUUGAAGACCAGAAAGAGGACCCGAAGAGCUGAGGAUGGUUCUAUUAUUGUUCGUCCUUCGCAGCGACAACUGAGGGCUUCGGCUGUAACUCGAUCCCCUAUCUCAGCAAAUAGUCCCAGCCAGGAACCAGAAUUGCGAGAGGAGGAAGAGUAUUCCCACGAUGGUGUCCCCUUGUCACCACCUGGCUCGGGAACUGAUCCAACUUCAAUUUCUAUGGAUGAUACAGAUCCUUUCCUGGCUUCCUUGGUGUCAGCUGGACCUUUUGAGCAAUAUGUUGAGCCGAUGCCUGGACAGUUCGAUGCAGCGGAUGGGUCUUUUGGUGUUGAGUUAGAUGGGAUAGGGGACUAUUUUGGAAUGGACACAGGUAUGCAUGACUCCAAGUGGUCGCUCAUAGGUCGUAUACUAAUUGCAGCAGCAACCGACUUCAACCUCCCAUUUGCAGCAACUUCAAACUACAAUUGGCUGUUCGAUGUUUCCUCGCUCGAUGAUGCUUUCCAUCAAUUCAACCUCCCUCUCGGGUUCGACACAGCCCCCAUUUUGGAACAACUCGAUUCGAAUCCUGCAGAAGUAACGGAAAAAUACGAUGGUCCAUCAGCUUUGCUCAUGGCGUCAAUCAUCGACAGAGGGGAAACAUUUGGAGAAACAAACUCCCCCCCAGUACCCAGUCUCCCAGACCUGGACUGGAUGCCUGGUGCGGCGACAUUAGACCAAAACACUCGAUCAAAUCUACCGAUAAUAUCCGAAGAAGCGCGGAAGGGGAUUCUAGCCAUAGUGGCACACGCACAUCCGACAGGUAUCGAUGGACACCCCAUGGUACUCGACUCGCCUCUAUUGACCCUCCCUGCGCUUCAGUCAUACUGCGAUAUGUUCUUCGAUCGGUUCAACACGACCUACCCUCUGAUCCACCAGCAUACAUUUGAUCCCAGUGCCGCGCCACCAGUUUUCCUCGCAUCGAUUCUCUUUAUGGGUGCGACAUACGGCUCGCGUGAGGCGCAUCAAUUAGCAGUGGAGGUCCACGAUGUCCUACGAAGCCAGCUACUCUGCCACCCGGAUUUCUCGCCACAAGCUGACCUAUGGGUCCUGCAGACCAUGCUUCUGAUAGACUGUUUUGGCAAGAUGCGAGCUGGACCAAAGCAGCGCGAGCGCGCACAGUUGUUCCACUGCGUACUUAUCAAAAUGAUCAGGCGUAGCAACUGCUGUGGUAUACGCGACUUGUCUAACCUAAAUCAGUCGGGGGAUUUGGAUCAACUCUGGCGACAAGCUAUGGUGGAAGAGCAGCGUAAGAGGGUAGCCAUACAUUGCUUCAUGUGGGAUACGCAGCACGCAGUGCUAUUCUCCCAAUCGCUGUGUAUGUCUGCGUUCGAGAUCAGAUCUUCAUUACCCUGUGGUCCUGCAGUUUGGGAUGCCGCUUCCGCUCGAGAGUGGUCGCAACACGCCUUCCAAGAAGAGAAUCGCCCCUUCCUCACUGUUCUCAAAGGAUACAUUACACCGACGGCUGUUGCGAGACCUCGCGAUCUGAAUGUGUUUGCUCGGAUCGUCCUGCUACACGGAUUAAUGUCUGUGUCUGCGGAUCUGAAACGUCGCGAUCAAACAACCCUACGGUCCGAGACCCCGGAGCGCGUCGGAGCUUGGACGCCGCGCAUGGGUCGGUCCUAUGAUCUGUGGAAAGUAGACUUCGAUGCCGAUUGUCUUGCUAUUAAACUCGCUCAAACUGCUAGUCCUCGGCAAUUCACUGGGCUCAAGAUCUCCGGGUAUGCCCUUUACCAUGCCGCGUAUCUGGCGUUGAAUGUCGAGGUUCUCGAUUUGCAGAUCGUCGCUGGGGCGUGCCAGAUCCUGGGGCGUACAGUGACCGAAGCUGAUCAGGCACGUUCGCUGCGGAAUAUUACCAGAUGGCUUCAGGAAGAAUCCGGACCAUCCUGUACGGCUGCGCGACAAGCGGCAUCUUUACUCCAAGAUGCUGUGUUGAGUCUUCAUGACUGGGACCAGGCUGAUUCCUUCCACUUCCCUUGGUGUUUGUAUCUCUGCACCUUGGCCUGCUGGGUUUUCCAUCGUGGGCCCAAUCUCACCUCGGAAGAGAACCGGGUCAACACCGAUCUAUCUUCGUUGAUCGUGAUGCUAACCAAUUGUCCUAGUUUACCGGAGCUAGCAGUGUUAUCUGGGAAAUACUGUCCUCGUCCUCUUGCAGCGUCUAUGGCUAAACAACUAGCGACAGUUCGAUGGGCCGUUGUUCACGAUGCUAUGAAAGUUUUGAUGAGAUUGUCAUGA